AUGGCUGGAGAGGCAGGCAAGGCAAGGACAGUUCUGCUGGCCACCGAGAAGGCUUUUGCGGCGGCCGCUGUGACAAAAAUCGAAGAUGUCCUCAAGGCUGCGAACUACACCCUGAAGAAGCUCGAAAACUACAAGAGCAAGGAAGAUCUUCUUGCAGCUGUGACCGAUGCCGAUGCUAUGAUCAUCCGAAGCGACAUUGUGGAUCAGGCAGUGCUGGACAAGGCUGCAAAGAUGAAGAUCGUGGUUCGUGCAGGCGCUGGAUACGACAACAUCGAUCUCAAGGCUUGCGAGGGCAAGGGGAUCACUGCCAUGAACACCCCCGGUCAGAACGCAAAUGCCGUGGCGGAGCUUGUCUUUGGCAUGAUGAUCGUUAGUGCCCGCAACAACUUCGAUGGCACCAGCGGUUUCGAGCUGGUCAACCGUGAGAUCGCCUUCUAUGGCUUCGGAGCAGUUGCUCGUGCUGUGCACAAGCUGGCGCAAGGCUUUGGCAUGAAGAGCUUUGCCUACGAUCCUUACAUCCCUGCCGACAAAAUCAAGGAGAUGGGGGCUGAGCCGGUUGCGACUGUCGCGGGCCUCUUUGAACACCAGUAUGUUUCCCUCCACGUGCCUCUCACUGACGAGACGAAAGCCUCGAUCAACAAGGAGCUGCUGGGAAAGAUGCCCAAGGGCGGCACCCUCAUCAACACCGCACGACUGGAGGUGGUGCACGAAGCAGACAUGAUCGAG